AUGGCGCACUCGCCGCUUCUCUUUGUGCUUGCUGGCGCAUUCACCGCGUACGUUUUCUAUACACAGAUCACACUAUACUUUGCACGACGGCAGUUUAAGAAAGACAAUGGCUGCCAGCCAUGCACGAAGGUCUUCAAUAAGGACCCCAUCUUGGGCAUUGAUGUGAUGCGCGUCAUGGGCGCCAAUAGCAAAAAGCACAUCCUUUUGAAAGAGAAUAAGAAGAGGUUUGAGCGCUUGGGCAACACCUUCCACACCAGAAUGGCUACUCAGCCUGUCAUCUCUACUUGCGAGCCCGAGAACGUGAAGACCAUUUUGAGCUUGAAGUUCAAGGACUACAGCUUCGGUAACAGGACGAAGGGCUUUACACCGCUGUUGGGUCACGGCAUCUUCAACGCUGAUGGUGAGCGUUGGGCUAACAGUCGCCACCUUCUGCGACCGAACUUCACGAGGGAUCAGGUCGCUGAUCUUGAAGCUUUCGAGCGUCAUUUCAAGCUCAUGCUCAAGCACAUCCCUAAGGACGGCUCAACAGUGGAUCUGCAAGAACUCUUCUUCAGGCUCACGAUUGACACUGCCACCGAGUUCCUAUUCAACCACUCGACAAACACAUUACGCAUGGUUGGCCAGCAAGAUGACAAUAACGAAGAUGUUAUCUUCGGUAAGAUGUUCAACUAUGCCCAAGACGAUAUUGUGACCCGCCUCCGCCUCGGACCUCUUGACCGCUUCAGAAAGAAUGUAAAGGGCGAAGAAGCGAUCCGAGUUUGCCACGCGUACAUUGACAAGUUUGUCGAUGAUGCUAUUAGAUUCAAGCAAAAGCAGGAUGUGGAGAAGAAGGCAGGCUCGCAAAAGGAAGACCGUUACAUCUUCAUUCACGAGUUGGCGAAGCAAACGACCGACAGGAAGAGACUGAGAGAUGAGCUUGUCAACAUCCUGUUGGCUGGACGUGACACAACCGCUAGUCUGCUAAGCAAUAUGUUCUUCGAGAUCGCGAAGCGACCAGACAUCUACGCCAAACUAAGGGACGAGGUUGCCUUCCUGGAGGGACGUACACCGAAGUACGAAGAGCUGAGGAACCUGAAGUAUUUGAAGUGGUGCCUAAACGAAUCUCUACGCGUCAAUCCCGUCGUCCCUGGAAACUCCCGCCUCGCCAUCCGCGACACCGUCCUCCCCCUCGGCGGCGGCUCAGACGGCCAACACCCGCUCUUCGUCCCUAAGGGCACCACGAUCGGCUACUCGCCUUACACCAUGCACCGCCGCAAGGAUCUGUACGGUCCUGACGCCGACGAGUACAAACCCGAGCGCUGGGAGAGCCUGCGUCCUGGGUGGGAGUACCUUCCUUUCAACGGCGGGCCGAGAAUUUGCUUGGGGCAGCAGUACGCUCUUACGGAAGCUUCGUACGUGACUGUGCGACUGGUGCAGGAGUUUGCAAAGAUGGAAAGUAGGGAUGCGGGGCCGUGGGAGGAGGGGUUGACAUUGACUUGUUGCUCGUUGAAUGGGACGAGGGUGGGGCUCACGCCUGCUUAG